AUGCGUCUCAUAUUCGAUUUUGACGGAACAAUCACCGAGAAGGACACCAUAUCUACUUUUGCCAAGGCGGGCAUUGCGCACCAGCGCGCCUGCAACGGCGAGGAUCUCUCGGCCCGCUGGGAUGACGUAGUUCGCAAAUAUGUGGAGGACUACCGCCGUUACCAGGAGCUGUAUCCCACCGACGAGGCUAACCGGCGAACCUUAUCGGACGAGAUCAAAUUCCUGGCUGGCGCCGAGGACGUAGAGUCCUCGUCCUUGCUGAGGGUCGAGCAGUCGGGCGUCUUCGCCGGGUUGAACUCGUCGGAUCUGUUCCGCAUGGGCUCCGAGGCCGUGAGUUCGGGGAGAAUCGUCCUCCGGCGUGGCUUCAAGGAGCUCCUGAGCGCUGCCCAGGAGAAGGGCUGGGACGUUGGCGUGAUAUCCGUCAACUGGUCCUGCGCAUUCAUCCAGGGCGUUCUCGACGACCCGGAGUUUCACGUUCUGGCUAAUGAGAUCUCCCAAGGCGGGAAGAUAAAAGGCCCCGAUUGCCUGGGGAGACCGCUAACAAACUGCUCUGGAAAGCUCCAUGUGUACAGAGGGGAGUUCAACGCCAGGGAUGCUGCUGAAGUCUCCGAGGAUAGCACCCCAACCGUGUACUUUGGAGACUCGACAACGGAUUUGGAAUGCCUCGCAAAUGGCACAGCAGGCGUUUCGAUUACAUCCGAUGAUUCAAACUCAACGCUAGUGCAAACGCUCCGAAGACUAGGCUUCCCCGUGCCGCAUGCUUCAAAGGGAGACAACAAAGCAGGGGCAAACAUAUGCUGGGCGCGGGACUUCCAAGAAGUGCUCCAGAGCGGGUUCCUCGAACAGUUUGAAAAGUAA